AGUGAAAAUAAGUUAAAUACUAUGAAAGACAUGAUGCUUAGGCUGCUUGGCAAUUAUGCUUCACCUAAUGGCCAGGGUGAUCAUCAUAAUCACAAGGGUGUUGUCCUACAGCUUGUUAGUACACAAAUCCACACAAAGGAAAUGAAGCCAAAGCUGAGUGAGGAAGCAAUAUUACAUUGGAAAGAGACUUUGAAAAUGGGUGCUGGGAAGUGCAUUACUUACCAAGUUAAAUUUGUGGUGGAUUCAAACUUUGGGAUGCCAGGAGCCAUCACAGUCAGCAACAGAUACAACAGCGAGUUUUAUUUAGAUAGCAUCAACAUCGAAGGUGUUGUUCAUUUUGCCUGCAACUCUUGGGUUCAAUCAGAGCAUGCUAACCCUGCAAAAAGAAUCUUCUUUUCUACCAAGGCAUACUUACCUAGUGAGACACCAGCAGGGAUUAAAGAGCUGAGAGAAAUGGAGCUAAUUCAACUAAGGGGUGAUGGGACAGGACUUCGAAAGCCAUCUGAUAGAAUAUACGACUACGAUACUUACAGCAACAUUGGAAAUCCAAACAAGGGAAUUGAAUACAUUAGACCCAUUCUUGGAGGCAGCAAUCACCCAUACCCUAGACACUGUCGAACUGGAGGUCCUCCAACCAAGACAGAUGAGAAACUGGAGUCACCAGUAAAUGAAUUCUCGACACUUUAUGUGCCUAGAGAUGAAGAGUUUGAAGAGUCCAAGAGAGAAGCUUUUGAUCUUGGAAGGUUAAAGGCAAUUAUGAGGCACAUUAUUCCUGCACUAACAAAAGUUGCCAGGGAUAGUGAUGAAUUCAAGGCAUAUUCAGACAUAACUGGUCUGUAUAGAGACGGCAUGCCUUCAAUAACAAAGAAUAUGAGGAAUCUUCCCUUGCCAAAUAUUUUGAACAAAGUCCAGGAAUACCUAAAAUUUGACCCAACAAAAUUAAACUCAAGGUUUACAGCUUGUGGUUUGCCAGACGACGAAUUUGGACGUCAAGCAAUUGCAGGCAUAAAUCCUCUAAGCAUAGAGAGGCUCACAACAUUCCCACCUGUAAGCAAACUGAAUGCCUCCACUUAUGGCCCACAAGAAUCGGCACUCAAGGAAGAACAUAUACAAGGCCAUCUAAAUGGCAUGUCCGUGCAACAGGCAUUGGAAGAAAACAAGCUGUUCAUACUAGACUAUCAUGACAUUUUCCUUCCGUUUAUCAACCAAAUAAAUGCUAUGGAUGACCGAAAAGCUUAUGCAACACGUACACUUUUCUUCCUCACCUCAUUGGGAACAUUGAAGCCGAUUGCUAUUGAGCUCAGUCUCCAUCAAACCAAUUCAGAUUCACCAUCCAAGCAGGUUCUCACUCCUCCAGUUGAUGCUACAACAAAUUGGCUUUGGGAACUUGGCAAAGCCCAUGUAUGCUCCAAUGAUUCCUGCGUUCAUCAACUCAUUCAUCACUGGUUACGCAGCCAUGCGUGUAUGGAAACAUUUAUCAUAGCAACCCACCGGCAGCUGAGUGCGAUGCAUCCCAUCUACAGGCUUCUCAAACCUCACAUGCGAUACACAAUGAAGAUAAAUGCAUUGGCCCGUCAGUUUCUGAUCAAUUCUGAAGGAAUAAUUGAGUCUACUUUCACUGCUGGCAAACAUAGCAUGGAGAUUAGUUGUGCUGCAUAUCGAGACUGGUGGCGGUUUGACCUUGAGGGCCUUCCUGCAGAUCUCAUCAGAAGAGGAAUAGCAACACCAGACCCCAGUCAAGUCCAUGGACUAAGACUACUGAUUGAAGAUUAUCCUUACGCAACAGAUGGACUCCUCAUAUGGGCAGCAAUUGAGAGAUUGGUUCAAACCUAUGUCCAUUAUUACUAUCCUGAUACAGCUGCGGUUGAUUCUGAUACAGAACUGCAAGCCUGGUACAAGGAAUGGAUCAAUUCAGGCCAUGCCGACCUUCGCCAUGCUAGCUGGUGGCCACAACUCUCUACUCCAGAUGAUCUUGCCUCCAUUCUCACCACCAUCAUUUGGCUCUCAUCAGCAUACCACGCUGCAUUGAACUAUGGGCAGUAUCCUUAUGGCGGAUAUGUCCCAACCCGCCCACCACACAUGCGGAGAUUACUGCCACAAGAACAUGAACUAGAGUACGCUACUUUCAUUGAGGAUCCAGAGAAAUAUUUUUUAUCAUCAUUGCCAAGUUUACUCGAAGCAACAAAGUAUAUGGCAGUGACAGACAUCAUCUCAGCGCACUCCCCGGAUGAGGAGUAUAUUGGGGAAAGAAAAGACCUGUCCACUUGGUCAGCUGACCCAGUUAUUAUUGAGGCAUUCUACAGAUUUUCAAUGGAUACGAAGAGGAUUGAAAAGGAGAUUGCACAAAGAAAUUCAAAUUCAAGCCUACGCAACAGAUGUGGGGCUGGGGUUUCACCAUAUGAGCUGCUCAUGUCAAGCUCAGAACCCGGGGUUACAGCAAGAGGAAUUCCUAAUAGUAUAUCAGUUUGAGGUUUGACACAACUU